UUUAAAAAAGGCCUCCGGCCCGCAUAAAAAAAAAUGGGUAGUAAUCUAAUAAUUGUGUCUAUGUGCCCUUAUACCACGUGUUAGACCUAUCUAAAAUUGUGACCCAAUUAUAGCUGAAUUGUAUUUGAUUUUUCCCUCUCAGGUACCUUUCUAAAGUCAUGGCAUCUAAUCUGAAAAAAAGUGACAUUGAUGAGAUCACCAACUCGCUUUUAUCAAAUCAAAGUUUUCUGAAUAUUGUCCAAAAUCUGUCCCGUGGUGAAGGUAACACAGCUGGUCACAUUCAGACACCUACUAGAAGAAUAGAACCAAGGCACCAAACAGUUAACGAUGAAAUGAGGCGGCUAUUCACACCAACAAUGAAUAGAAGACAGGUUCCUUUGAAUAAUCCAAGAGAGAGAAGAAACGAUAGAUCCAGAUCAAGAUCAAGAUCAGGAUCAAGAUCAAAAUCGAAUGUUUCACACCAACAAUACAUUUUUAAAGAGGUUUUAUUGUUAGAUAAGCACAAGUGUGAUCGUGUGCCAAGACCACCGCAACUGUCAAAACUUGAUGAAAAUGGUCUUGUUUAUCAUUGUGUUGCUUUUGAACAAGACAUGUCAAGUGAUGAUGUGUACUGUAAACUGGAAAACCUAUUUUCGGAUGUACUGAAUACUGAAAAUAAUAACAGUCCAAUUAGGUUUGAAUUUAUGAUUGGAGUGGGUUCACAUUUAAGCAAGGCUCGGCUCUCAGACAGUCAAGGAAUGAGUGCAGAAAAUCUGCAUCGUUUAUAUGCAAACAACAAAAAAAUAUAUCUUUUGCCGUCGAGGGAUAUAGCCCUUAAAACCGAGAUUAGUGACUAUUUAUUACCAUCCACAGACACCCCAGAUGAAACUGAUAGCACUGAAGAUGAGAUUUUAACAGAAUGUGUGAAUUGCCACCAUCUUGUUUCUUCAAAUGAACACCAAUGCAAUGGUGGUGGGUCAAGUCAUGAUAUGGCAUGUACUUCAAAAUCAUUGGCAAAUGAAGAAGAUAUAGAUUUUGGUGACAAAAAUGUUGUAAAACAGAAAUUACAUGACAUGUUCCCAAACAUGUCAAAUGAGUGCUUCGAACGUGCUUUUCUUCUUGCAAGAGAUUUUAAUGAAGCCAUUGACAUUCUCACCAACAAAUCAGAUAUUUCAAAGGAGACUUUGAUUAACUCAUUCAGAAAACUGCGUACUGAAGAGUUAGAACAUUUAACAAUUAGACGUUCUAAUGUAUGGAGAGAUGGUCUACUGUUUUACAAGAAGUCAUUAGCUCAGAAAAGAAUGUUGGUGAAUAAACUAUGUGUGGAAUUUGUGCAAGAAGAUGGAGUUGAUGGUGGUGCAUUAACUGUUGAUUUUUUUGACCAAUUUUUUUUGGCAUCAUUGUCAGAAUUAUUUGAAAAAACUGAUAUAGGGUACAUUCCAAAGCGUUCUGGUGCAAACCCUGUCCCCUUUAAGAUACUUGGUGUGGCAGUUGCACACAGCAUAAUGCAAGGUGGACCACCUUUCAAGUUUCUUCCCAUGUGGUGCUGUUCACAGAUUGGAGGGAAAUCUGAAGAAGUGGUAUCUUCCAUGCUAUCCGGGCUAUCUCACACCGAAAUAAUACCUUUCAAUGCAGGAACUAGUAAUCUAAUUUCAUUUUUAAAUGGGUUAAAUGCUUGCAAGAGCACAGAGGCAAUAGACAAGCUUAUCGACGACUCGGCAGAAGGACCUGCUUAUGAACAGUUGGUAAAUUCCUCACAAUGGCCAGUAGAUACCAAGAUUGAAUACAAGAAUGUGGAGGUUUUGAAGAACAUGCUAAUAUGGGAAGAGGUUGUAAGCAAGCGAGAGAAACAACUGCAGGCUAUCAAGGAUGGCCUUGCAUUUGCUGGUCUAUUGCCUCUUAUGGAAAUGUGUGAUACAGAAAUGUGUAGCAGCAUAUUGCUUUUUGAAGAUGUCAAGAUGACAAAGGACUUGAUGAUGGACAUUGUUCAAUGGGAUUCAUUAGCAAAUAUUAAGGAGAAGGAAUGGUUGAAGGAGUUAAUCAGUGAGCUUUCUUGCAAGGACUUAUCACACAUGCUCAAAUUCUGCACCAGCUAUUCAAAAUAUGACCAUCUGAGUAAGCCAAUGAUAUAUCUGGAACAAAAAGAAGGCAAAGUAUUGCCAGAGUCUUCAGUGUGCACAACUACUCUUUUCUUGCCUGUAGGAUAUACUACAAAGGAGAAAUUUAAAGAAUGUAUGGAAAUGGCAUUACAAAAUGGCCAUGAAGGUUUUGGCAUGGCAUGAGUAUGGGGUUCACAACAAUCAAACAGAUUCUUUGGCCACUCUUCAACAAAUUGUAUACCCUCAUGUUUAAUGGUAAUUUUUUUUUGCUUUCUUUGUGUUUUUCUGGUAAUUAUAGCAUAAAUAAGAAAUAAACAGUGCAUAGUUAUUUGCAAAUGAUACCACAUACUUCCAUGUUCAUAAUCAUUUGGCACCAACAUUUUGUUUUUGUAAUAUAACAGAGUCCGAAAUACAGUAUUGCCAACAUUAUGGUUAAGUAUGCGUGUCAUACAAUAAUAAUAAUAAUUUAAAAAAUGGUGUAAUACUAAAAAAAAAAAAACAAUAUAAAACAAGGAAUUAAGCAAGUGUUUUCUGAUGUUAUGUUAAUUUGGUACACAGUAAAAUGAAGCUGAUAAUUCUAGAAAAGAUUGUCAAACUGUCUGCCUGGUGCAACUGCUUGUGGAGAUGUAGUUACAUGUUGAAGUCAAACUAUUCAAUAUCUUUAGGCUAAUGGUCCAUUUUGUCAAUAUAUUACUAAAACAGAUUUACAGAAAACAAAUUUAUAACAAACCCAUCUCUAAAGUCAGUGGUUGCUAAAUUUUAAGAAUGCUGUGAUUAUUACCUUUGGCCCUGAUUUUUUUUUUUACAUUUCAAAAGAGGUUCACACCAAUCAACCAGAUUCUUUGGCCACUCUUCAACAAAUUGUAUACCCUCAUGUUUAAUGGUAAUUUUUUUUGCUUUCUUUGUGUUUUUCUGGUAAUUAUAGCAUAAAUAAGAAAUAAACAGUGCAUAGUUAUUUGCAAAUGAUACCACAUACUUCCAUGUUCAUAAUCAUUUGGCACCAACAUUUUGUUUUUGUAAUAUAACAGUCAGAAAUACAGUAUUGCCAACAUUAUGGUUAAGUAUGCAUGUCAUACAAUUAUAAUAAUUU